AUGGGGGUCCCAGGGCAGCCCCCCGGCACCUGCAUGCUGUUGGUUCUGCUGCUCGCGCUCCCAGUGCUUCGGGUGCAAGCGACACAUCCUGACUGCUCCGUCGUCCUCUAUUUCCAAGAGCAAGAAGCUGAAUGUCUAGAGAUUACCAGGAGGGAAAGCCAAAGGGCAGCCUCCCCCGGACGCGCCGGGCAGCAAGGCUGCCUGACCGAGUGGGAUGGAGUGAGCUGCUGGUCAGCUGUGCCCGUCGGCCAGUCCCAAGCUGUCACCUGCCCCGACAUCCUCCACGUCUUCAAGAAGUCUGAAGCGCUGAUCCAGAGGAACUGCACGGAGUCGGGGUGGAGCUCCCCCAGCCCUCCCUACUACAUCGCCUGUGAGCUGGAGGCCGUUGGCAGCAGCAACGACACAGAGGCCAAGAAAGGCUAUUUUGUUACGAUGAAGGUGCUUUACACCUGUGGCUACUCCACGUCCCUGGCAGCCCUGUUCUUGGCCAUCGGCAUCUUCUCCUGCUUCAGGAAGCUGCAUUGCACCAGGAACUCUAUCCACAUCCACUUCUUCACCUCCUUCAUACUGCGCGGGGCUGCUGUCUUCAUCAAGGAUGCCGUCCUCUUCUCGGAUGAGUCUGUUGACCACUGUACGAUGUCAACGGUGAACUGCAAAGCAGCCAUCGCCUUCUUCCAGUACUCGGUCCUGGCCAACUUCUACUGGCUGCUGGUGGAAGGCAUGUACCUGCAGACCCUGCUGCUGCUCACCUUCACCUCUGAAAAGAGGUACAUCUGGUGGUACAUCCUCAUCGGCUGGGGCGUCCCCAUGCUGACAGUCUGUGUCUGGGUGGUCACCAGGCUGCAGUACGACAACCAUGGGUGCUGGGAUGACUACACCAGUCUCUACUGGUGGGUGAUCAAGGCUCCCAUCCUCUUGGCCAUAUUUGUGAACUUCCUCAUCUUCCUCAAUGUCACCAGGAUGUUAGCGCAGAAGAUCCGGUCCCCGGACAUCAGCAAAAACUACAAGCAGCAGUACAUGAGGCUGACGAAGUCCACAUUGCUCCUCAUCCCUCUCUUUGGGGUGCACUAUGUGGUGUUUGCGCUAUUCCCUGAGCACAUCGGUGUGGACGCCCGGCUAUACUUUGAGCUAGUCCUCGGCUCCUACCAGGGGUUCCUGGUAGCCCUGCUGUACUGCUUCCUGAAUGGGGAGGUCCAGGCUGAAAUCAAGAGGAACUGGAGCAAGUGGCAAUUGUCCAUGGAAAGCAACGUCUUCAACCUGGUGACCCAAGACUUCACAGCAUGA